CCGCCAUAAAGCAAGGAACAACGUUAUACAUCGGGCGCGCGCACACGCCCACCAAAGCCAGCACGCACGGGACACAACCGCAUACCGCUGCACCGUAAGUCGCGAGGGGGGAGAACCGGAGAAGAUCGAUGGGGAGCAGCGGGGGCAGCAGCGAGUACUUCCUGCGGCAGCUGAGCUCCAGCGACGGCGCGCCACCUGCGACGCACCAGCACCACCCGGAAGAAUGGGAGUGCGGCGGCGGCGGCAGGCGGGGGUCGAGACGGUGGUCGAGGAAGAAGGCGAGGGCGCGGACCCACCGGCGCGGCGGCGGGUUCUGCGGCAGGGAGCAGGAGCCGGCGGCGGGGGCGGGGAGGAAGAGGGUGAUUGUGGUCGUGGACCAGAGCUCCGGCGCCAAGCACGCCAUGAUGUGGGCGCUCACCCACGUCGCCAGCAAGGGCGACUUCCUCACGCUGCUCCACGUCGUGCCGCACGGCCGCGGCGCCGGGGAGGACGCCUCCGCGCUCGCCAACUCCCUCGGCUCCCUCUGCAAGGCCUGCAAGCCUGAGGUGGAGGUGGAAGCGCUUGUGAUCCAAGGGCCCAUGCUGACCACCGUCCUCAGCCAGGUGAAGAAGCUGGAGGCGUCCGUGCUGGUGCUGAGCCAACGCAAGCCAUCUCCUUUCUGCUGCUUCAUGCGGAGCAGCGGCGAGGAGUUCGUGGAGGAGUGCAUCAACAGGGCGGACUGCCUGACGCUGGCGGUGAGGCGGCAGAGCAAGGGCGUCGGCGGCUACCUCAUCAGCACCCGGUGGCAGAAGAAUUUCUGGCUCCUGGCUUGAUAUUUGACAAGAGCGUACCUACCGGGAAAGUUUUACUGCCGAGGCUAGCUUCUGCCACUGCAAGACUAAUAAGUGAUCACUGCGUUGAUAAAAACCUUCCGGUACUUACUGCAUGAUUGUUUGUGUGCAUGAGUCUGCGUGUGCAUGUGCGUUAUCAUCUUUGUUAGCAAUUAAUAGCUCUUACUUUCUCUGUUGUAAAGCCAAAAGCUGACCCGCUUCAUGUGCUAACAUGUGUAUGUUCUCUGCGUGUAUGUAAGUUUUUUUUUUAACUUGUGUGUGUUUGUUUGAUUGGUGAGCUAGCUCGAGCAACACAGACAGUGCAUGGACUACCAUUUGUAAUUUUGUAUCAUUACGCGACGUUUUAAUUAGUACCAUCUGAGGAUGUUUUAUUCUUUCUUU